UAGCAGGGCAUGUUGACUAGCAAGAAAAAGUACUUUUCUCUUGUCCCUGCUUGAUUGGUAGUUGCUGUGAAAGUGACAAGCAAAUCGUUGAGCACAACGGACAAAUGAAGAAGGCCCUGGAAAUGAAAGCUGUGUGUCCCUGUCAAAAGUAGCAGUGAUGGAUGUUGAAGCCCGAAGGGCGGCUGUGUCGUGGGAGAAUGGGACUCUGGCUCCUGUGGACCACCUUCGCUCCGAGAGGGCAGACAGCCCCACGCCAGGUCUUGUGGAGGGGACUGAACCAGGUGCAGGUCAGAAGAGUGCUAUGUUUGUCCGUGCACAGUCUUUUGAAGAUCUGACUGCAGAGACUGAAGAACUGGUUCGGAGGGAGGCUCAGCUGGACAAACCCAUCGAGUCUGCAGAGGAGCUUGAGGUACUAGUGGGAGAGAAAAGCAUAGAUGAACAGCACAACAAUGAAAUUCCAUCUGAGAGUCGCACAAAGGAGGAAGAUGUGUCAAGUGAGGCGUGGAGGAGCCACAGAAAACACGUGUUUGUGUUAAGCGAGGCUGGAAAGCCGAUCUACUCCCGCUAUGGCACGGAGGAGGCCCUGUCCAGCACCAUGGGGGUGAUGAUGGCCCUUGUAUCGUUUGUGGAGGCUGAGAAGAACAUCAUCCGCUCCAUCCAUGCAGAUGGCUGUAAAGUGGUCUUCCUUGCCAAGAGCCCUCUAGUCCUGGUGGGCGUGUCCAGAACCUGUCAGUCAGACAAGGAGCUGCUGCGGGAGCUACAGUACAUCUACUACCAGAUCGUCAGCCUUCUCACCCUCACCCAACUCAACCACAUCUUUCAGCACAAGCAGAAUUACGACCUGCGCCGCCUGCUGGCUGGCUCUGAGUAUCUUACAGACAACCUUCUGCACCGGCUGGAUCGAGACCCCGGUCUGCUGCUCAGCGCCGUCACCUGCCUGCCUCUGCCCAGCUCCGCCAGGGACGUGGUGUCAUCGAGCCUGCAGGCAGCCAAAGCUAAAAACCUGGUCUUCUCCAUCCUGCUGGCGGGGGAUCGCCUGGUCACUCUAGUGAGAAAAAAGGACCAGUUCCUGCACCACAUAGACUUGAACCUGGUCUUCAACCUGGUAGGUUCUUCAUCGUCCUUCCGGGAGGGUGAAGGCUGGACGCCCAUCUGUUUGCCAAAGUUCAACACUGCAGGAUUUUUCCACGCUCACAUUUCGUAUCUAGAGCCUGCUUCUGAUCUCUGCCUCAUCCUGGUUUCUACUGACCGAGAGGACUUUUUUAACAUGUCCGACUGCAAGCAGCGAUUUCUGGAUAGGCUGAACAAGCGCAGUGCAUACCAGGCCCUGAAGGAGGCGCUCAAAUGUCCCAGCUAUAGUGUGGAGCAGGUUGGCAUCCCAGAGCUGAGGCACUUCCUGUAUAAAUCAAAGAGCUCAGGGCUUUACACCAGCCCAGCUUUUCCUGUUGUGUACCAGAGUGAUGAUGAGCAGGAGAGACUGAUGGAGUUGUACCAGGACCUUCAUAGCCGCUUGCAUCAUCCAACCAGACCUCUUCGCUCCUUGUAUCGGUGCACUGAAAGUGAAAACCUGAUGGCAUGGGUGACAAGUGGCUUCGAGCUCUACCUCUGCUUCAGUCCGCUAGGGACCAAGGCCUUGGCUGUCUCUGCUGUCACCAAGCUGCUGAAGUGGAUCAGGAAGGAGGAGGAUCGCCUCUUCAUCCUGAGUCCUCUUACAUACUGAGCCUCCGAUCACAGGCGUGGUGUCAACAACACAUGAUGCACUAGUCUAAGCUUUACCCUUGCUUCUGGAUUCAUGGGAUCUCAUUUAAAGAUUUGUGACAAGACAAAAUGGAUUAUAGAGUCAGGGUGGGUUAAAGCUUUUUUUUUAUCCCGCUAGAUUUUUAUAACUUUAAAUUAAUGAUAUCAAUAGAUAAGAGGAAGCAUCAGCACUACUGAUGGCAUAUCAGAAACAAAACCAUACAGUGGCAUUUUUAUGCUUUUGAGGUUUUCAUGAAUACAUAACUAUUUUACUGUAACAGACCUAUUUUGCCUCUAAGAACAAGAUGAAUGCUGUCUCUGUUUUUAAAAAGCUUUCAGCGUAGUUAUUGAAAGAUGAAACAUUUAAUUUGAGAAACUGGAAUUUAUUGAAGACUUACAGAAGAAUGUAAUCUCUUUGUUAUGAGACAAUGUCAAACUAUGGGCAAAUCACAUUCCUGCGUUUGUGUGCUCUUUACAUUAUGACCAAUUACUGUAAAGACAAAUUGUCAUUUUACCUCCAUGCACUUUCUUUAUGCAAAAAAAAAAAAAAACAACACUCCAGGAGAAAUGUUCAUGAAUCUGUAACAUGUUUACUGCUGUCAUUUUAUUGUAUUAACAUGUGUUAUUAAUGUAACUCAAUUUCUCUGCAUUAAUCAUGUGUCAUUAGAAUUUCCAAAUUAACACUCAUGUUUCUUUCACUGUGAUAGGCAGAAUAAUUAAAGUAUUUUGUGAAAUCUUAUUUACUUUUGACUAAUCAUCUAAGUCUGCUGUAUUUCAUGGGAUCCUUCUGUGCUGUAGGGGUCCAUUGAUGCCACAUCUGCCUCCACUAAUCAUGCCUUAAAUAAAGUUUUUUGUUUUGUGCAAAGCCAAUAUGAAUUGUAUAAUUGUAGAUGCAGAUUUAUGGCUGCUUCUCAAUGAAACAAUUAUGAAUGGAUAAAUAAAUAGUGAGUAAUACAACACAC